UCCCUCCCCUCGCGUUUAGGGCGAGGCGCAAUGGAGUCCGCCGUGACCAUCGGCUCUGUGCUCGGCGCUCAGUCGCAGCUCGAGCAGGAUUUAGAGGCGGCGGCGUCUCAAGAAGACAGGGAACGCCUCAUGUUUGAGUUCGUUAAAAGGGCGGACGCAGAGAGCGGCGCUAAGGUCGCGGAUUUUGGCACGGACCUGGAGUGGGUCAAUGUGGAGCGACCUCUUUCGCUGCACGCAGACCUACAGGGCAAGGUGCUGGUGGUGGACUUCUUCACCUUCUGCUGCAUCAACUGCAUGCACAUUCUCCCGGACCUGCAUGCCCUGGAGGAGAAGUUCUCAGAGAAAGAUGGACUGCUGGUGGUCGGCGUGCACUCGGCAAAGUUCCCGCACGAGAAGCUGACGGCCAGCGUGCGCGCGGCCGUCUUGCGCCACGCCAUCGGCCACCCCGUGGCAUGUGACGGGGAAGCCAGCCUCUGGCAGGACCUGAGCGUGUCGUGCUGGCCCACGCUUCUGGUGCUGGGCCCUCGGGCCAACCCGCUGCUGGCGAUUGUCGGCGAGGGCCGAGCGGCCACACUCCACUCGUUUGUGUCGGCGGCGCUGCGCUACUACCGAGAAAAGGGUGAGCUGAAUGCAAAGAGCGUCGGAGUGAAGCCGUACAAGGACUCCCUCCCGCCCUCCCUGCUGCUCUUCCCGGGGAAGGUGUGCGCGACGCGUGGCCUCGACGCCGAUGGCGAGGAGAGGCUGGUCGUGGCGGACACGGCCCACCACACUGUCCUCGUGACGGACAGCAGUGGCCGAGUGCUGCACUGCGUUGGAGAUCCCGAGCCGGGCUGUGUGGAUGGGGAAUUUUCAGAGGCUCGCUUCAGCUCGCCCCAGGGAGUUUGUGUACGGGGCCAGCACAUCUUUGUGGCCGACACGAACAACCACCUCGUCCGGCUCGUGGAUAUGGCAGAGAAGAGAGUGAGUACACUCGUCGGCACGGGGUCGCAAGGCACGGACAAGGAGGGCGGCCUUCCUGCUCUAAAGCAGCCAAUCAGCUCCCCCUGGGACCUGGUCCUUGGCAGCAUUGCAGAUGGUGAACCCGACAGUGUCCUGUUCAUUGCCAUGGCUGGGACACACCAGAUCUGGGCAUACUUCCUCUCAGACGGAAAACUUCCCCGCAGUAGCCAGGAGCACAAAGCAGGAACUUGCGUGCGAUUGGCUGGAAGUGGCAACGAGGAGAACCGGAACAACUCAUACCCACACAAGGCCAGUUUCGCACAGCCUUCGGGGCUCUCGUUCGCCCCUGAGGCUGGCGGUGGCUGCCUCUACGUGGCGGACAGCGAGAGUAGCACUGUGCGGGCCGUGUCUCUCCGCGAUGGAGCUGUCAAGGCGCUCGUCGGAGGCGAGAGGGACCCCAUGAACCUGUUUGCGUUUGGAGACGUGGAUGCGAAGGGCGUGGACGCCAAACUGCAGCACCCGCUGGGCGUGGCGUGGCACCCGACGCAUCGCCUGCUCUACGUCGCCGACUCCUACAACCACAAGAUUAAAGCCGUGGACCCCAGCACAAGGGCGUGCGUGACCCUGGUGGGGUCGGGACGAUCCCCGGACGGCGGCCCCUCGGCCGCCCCGCUGGGACGCGACACGCUGGCCGAGCCGGGCGGCCUGUGCGUGGGCGACGGCGGGAAGGUGCUGUACGUCGCCGACACCAACAACCACCGCGUGUGCGUGGUGGACCUGGAUACGAGCGCCGUGUCCACGUUGCCAAUUCAUUUUCCGGACACGGUGGACAAAGUGGAGUCCGACAGCGGCCCUGUGCGGUCGCUGCUGCCGCGAUCGGCCACCACGCACGCCGUGGCGCCGGUGGUGGUGGCGGUCGGGCACGCGGUCUCGCUGGUGCUGGCGCUGAGUCUCCCUGAGGGGGCAGCUCUCACGGCAGGAGCGCCCAGCGCAUGGCAACUUCUCGGUCCCAAGUGGCUGCUGAGCAAUCAGUCGACCAGGGGCCAGCUGUCGUGUCCAUUGGCCGACACGACGGUGCCGCUGCUCGUGGUGGCCCGUGGGGGCCAGGACGGUGCCGAUUCGACCGUCACGCUGGAGGCCGCUGUGUUUUACUGCGCGGAGGCAAGCGGCGCUUGCCUCAUGGGCGGCGUGGCGUUCAGCAUUCCGCUGCGGGUGGUGGCCGACGGCCCGGGUCGCGGGGACGUCGCCAUCAGGUUGGAGCACCAAUUCUGAGCUCCUGGCCUGUUGGGACGGGGCUGAUGUGGAGAGGCGUGGUGGGGGGGGCCCCUUCGUGGUUCUGCAGUGUUGCGGUUCUCCCGUGUGUGCAGGAGACACGUAAAACUCGGGAGCAUUGUCGGUGGUUGUGUUGUUGAUCAGUAUCACCGCCAGCGUCCGUGUGACUUCUGAACCCUUUCCCGUUCCGAUGACGUACGCGCGAGUAUGUCAUCAGUUUUUCUUCGAGCUCCGUUUCAACCGGAAGGAAAAAAAAACUUUAUCAGUACCGAGCUCACACAAGACCAUGCGGGGGAGCGUGUGACACAGUUUGUGUCGUGGAGUGCGUUCGUAAGUACAGUGUCAUUAAAAACAACAAAUAAAGUUAACGCUGAACCACUUUCGCUACUCUGCAAAUUGCAGUGGUCUCAGAAUGGGAAAGGGUUGAUGCACAUAAUUGUCUAGCACAGCUGCCACUUGCCACAUUGCAGAAACCAAAUGACUAGAAUGGUCAACAAUCAUCUGGAAGAGAUAUAACCUACCAAUUAGCCUGACGAAUGGGGCUAAUACACUUUUUAAAAUGAAAUCACUCAUAUUUUAUCAGAAGUUCACCUUUGUUACUGAAGCUUGUUUUAUAUACUUUUGCUGGAACGAUUGCAAAGCUGCUGAGUCUUUAGGGUCUGUGUGGGUAGAUGAUUGUAUUCCUUUCAUGACCGGGCUAAUUCCUGAACGAUGCAUGUCUGUCCGUAUGGCAACUUUUCCUCUAUUCACGAGUGGGUGGUUUGUGGGGGAGGUGGCCCUUCCAGUUGGCAGAAAUCUCUACCAACGUGAGAGCACGGGCGUGCAUGUGUUUGUGCGAAUGUGUUGGGGUGUACAUACGUGUGAUUAAAAUGCACGGCCAAUUACCACAGCACAAUUUUAGACAAAAAUAUGCAGCGUUUAGAGCUUUCAACGAACCUUGCCGAGAAACAAGCAGAUCAUAUGUACAAAUAUAUAUUUCAAAAGCCACAUGUAAAAAAGAUCGUUUGCAUAGCCAAUUUUCCGUAUUAAGUUCUGAAAUAGAAAAUACGUCGAUGACAUGGGUGCCUUAAUUAAUCACGUUUAUUUUGGACUAUUUUGUUGCCAAAACAAAUAUCUUGUCAGGUUUUUUUUUUAAAUGUCCGUAAUGAAUCGGUGGCAAAGUACAGAAAAAAAUUAAAAUUAUCUGACAAAGUGUAACCUUGAGUGAAUGCUACCCGAUCCCCCUGCCGAUGAAGGCAACGCCAGCAAAGUUGCGGCCUUUGCUCGGAUCUGAAGCUUGCUUUCAUUAUGCUUGGGUCCAGCACAGGCAUGCAUUGUUCCUGAGCCUGGAUAUACUUCUUUGGGCGCAUACACGGUAUGACUUCUCUGUGCACUAUAUUCUGCAAUAAUAUGCGGUGCACACUAGCCAUUUUUUAUAUAUACUCUUUGAAUUCACACGUAUAUUAAGUUAAUAAAAUAUACCAAAGGAUUUUGUAAUGGAAAAUGUGAAAAUAAAUGGCGUUUGUCUUCUGCGAA